AUGGAAGACAUUACUUGUGACUAUGGUUUAAUGGGUAUUUAUGGAGAAAGGAACGGGUAUCUGAAUACUACUGUUGUGGAAAAGAAUGUUAGGAGUCGUUUACUAAACGCUUACUCAGAACAUGCACCCCCCGCAGAGUUGGAGCAGAUGAAGGAAAGGUAUGCAAAGCUGCUUUUAGGAGAAGAUAUGUCGGGUGGCGGGAAAGGGGUUUCGUCUGCUUUGGCUUUAUCAAAUGCCAUUACAAAUCUGGCGGCUUCUGUGUUCGGGGAGCAACAUAAACUGGCUCCAAUGCCGGAAGAUAGGAAAAAGAGAUGGAGGCGAGAAGUCAGUUGGCUCCUAGCCGUGACUGAUUGCAUUGUUGAUUUCACCCCCUCUCAACAAACGGCAAAAGAUGGAUCAAAUAUGGAGGUUAUGACGACACAACAAAGAGGAGAUUUGCGCAUCAACAUCCCCGCUCUAAAGAAGCUAGAUGCGAUGCUCAUUGGUUGUCUAGACAAUUUCAGGGAUCAGAAACAAUUCUGGUAUGUGUCUAAAGAUGCAGAUGAAUCCGAGAAAGGUGUUCAGAGAAGCGACAAAUGGUGGCUACCUACGGUGAAGGUUCCUCCAGAAGGGCUCUCCGAAGAAUCAAGAAAAUGGAUGCAAUAUCAAAAGGACUGUGUCAACCAAGUUCUGAAAGCUUCCAUGGCCAUCAACGCCGAAAUUCUUGCAGAAAUAGAGAUCCCCGAAAACUACAUUGAUAAUCUUCCCAAGAACGGUAGAGAAAGCCUUGGAGAUUCAAUCUACAAGAGCAUUACAGUCGAUUCCUUUGACCCAAUGCAAUUUCUAUCAACCAUGGAUCUCUCAUCGGAGCUAAACGUGCUUGAUCUCAAGAACAAAAUCGAAGCUUCUAUAGUUAUAUGGAAGAGAAAGAUGCAUCAAAAGGACUCGAAAUCUUCUUGGAGUUCAUCUGUACGCUUGGAGAAAAGAGAACUCUUCGAAGAUCGAGUAGAAACCAUUUUACUCCUCUUGAAACAACAAUUCCCUGGACUUCCUCAAUCCUCGCUAGAGAUUAGCAAAAUAGAGUACAAUAAAGAUAUCGGUCAUGCCAUCCUAGAGAGCUAUUCACGUGUGUUGGAGAGUUUGGCAAACACAGUGAUGAACCGCAUCGAGGACGUACUAUAUGCCGACAAUAUGGCACAAGAUCCAUCAUUGCCGGCAAACAAGAGGACAACAUCAUCACGGGUAUCCUUGGGUGCAUUUAUUGAUCCAACAACCGCUCAGAGUCCAGGUCACACGCCUACAGGAUCACCUACAUCUAGGACACUAUCAGAUUUUAUGGGGUGGAGUGUCGAUCAAGAAGGAACAGAGACAACAAAAAGCAUCUCUCCUAAAUCAGAAGACACGGAAAAUGAGAAGUAUCAUAGCAAAUCAGCCAAGAUUAUAUCUAGAACCAAGAAUUCAUAUAUGGAGAAGCUAGAAGCUUAUGGAUUAAGAAGCCCAACGGUCCGCCAUUAA